AGGACGCGACGCCUGGAGGAGGAACGCGUGAGACUUGACGCGCAGCGCUAGAAGUUACUUCACCUGUUGACAGCAGCGCGCACUGCAAAGUCACGCAAACUGAGCAAAUGCGCAGAGGAGCGCACUGGGACAGAAGUUUCCUGCACUUUCGGAUACUAAGAGUGAUUAAGAAGCACUUGCAGUGAGGAUGCAAACCUAAUCUAAACUGGAGUAUAAUGCAGGACUGGCUUUGAACUGGGAGUAUUGUGUUUUGUUCCACGCAUCUUCUCUGAUGGUUGGGGACCUCUAGUCCUCUGUGUUUGAUCAUCCUUGAGAUGAUCGUUCAUCUGAUUCCAGAUUGGCUGGAAGUAACGUGACAGAGCAGAUCGCGAUGAACGUGCUGCUCGCGCUGUGCGUGGCGCUCGCGGUUGCGCGCGGCAGCAGAUACUGUCCUGAGCGGAUGAUUGACAGCUGUCACUGCACCGCGGAGAGAUCAAAGCAGUUUAACAGGCAGAGCGUGCGCGUGAAGGUUGUGUGUGAUGAUGCGGACCUGACGGAAACCAUGCAGCCCAGCUCGUUACCCAACACCACGGUGUCUCUGAUCCUGAGCAACAAUAAGAUCUCUGCGCUGAAGAAUAACUCUUUCCUCGGCCUGCGAGCUCUGGAGAGACUGGAUCUCAGCAGUAAUCUCAUCAGCAGAAUUGCUCCCGGUGCGUUUCAUGGCCUGACGGCUCUGAGGAAACUGGAUCUUUCCAACAACAGGAUUGGCUGUUUCUCUGCUGAUAUGUUUCUUGACCUCGGCCGUCUCUCCAAACUGAAUUUAUCUGGGAACAUCUUUUCCACGCUGCCGGAGGGUUUGUUCGCACAUGUCCCGUCUCUCAGAGCGCUGCACGUGGGCACAGACUCUCUGUUCUGUGAUUGUCAGCUGCGCUGGUUGUUGUCGUGGGUCAGAUCUCAGGCGGUGCGUUUGGGGAAUGAAUCGGUGUGCGUGUAUCCGACUCGUCUUCAUGGACUGGAGCUGCACAGUCUUCAGGAGAAGCAGCUCAGCUGUGACGGCCCCCUGGAGCUCCCCGUCCUGCAGCUCAUCCCGACCCAGAGGCAGCUGGUGUUUGGCGGGGACCGUCUGCCGCUGCAGUGCACCGCCUCGUUCCUCGACCCAUCCGUCAGACUGUCCUGGAGCCACCAGCAGCGUCCCGUCCACACGCUGGAGCACCGAGGGCUGUACGUGGAGGACAGCAUCAUUCACGACUGCUGCCUCAUUACCAGCGAGCUCAUCCUGUCCAACAUCGAUGCGGGUGUUUCCGGUAAUUGGCAGUGUCACGUGACCAGUUCCCGGGGCAAUAGCUCGAUUGGGAUGGAGAUCGUGGUGCUGGAGGCGACGGCGCUGUACUGCGGAGCCGAGAGGGUCAGUAGCAACAAGGGCGACUUCAGGUGGCCGAAGACGUUGGCUGGUUUCAUGGCCUUCCUGCCGUGUGCUGUGUCCCGCUCUGACCCCGCCCCUCCAGAGAAAAGGGCGUGGCCCCGAUCUGACCCCGCCCCUCCAGAGAAAAGGGCGUGGCGCAGGUGUGACCGUACGGGCCGCUGGGCGGAGCACGACUACAACCAGUGCUCAUACACCAGCCAGUUCACCCGCAACCUGCACGAGCUCACACAGCGGUCGGUGAACGUCUCCAGCGCUCUGAUGUUGGCGCAGCAGCUCUCGUCUCUCACCAGCAGGGCGGCGCUGUUUGGAGACGUGAUGGAUGUGAUAUUCGUCACUCAUCUGGUCGAGAGACUCACUCGUCUGGUGGAUCAUGUCAGAGAGUUGGCCGAUCACGUGUUGGACGUGGCCAGUAACAUGAUGGCGGUGGAGGAACAUGUUCUGUGGAUGGCUCAGAGCGAGGCGCGAGCGUGUACACGGAUCGUCCAGUGUGUGGAGCGGAUCGCAGACCUCACGCUCGGAGCAAACACCACCGGCAUCUCCAAGGUCUCGGUGAACAUCGCUCUGGAGGCGCAGCUGCUUCGGCCGGACGCUCUCAUGGGUUUAUUGUGUACGGUGGAGCAGCGUUUGCCUCUGCUGCCCCCGGUGGCCGACGCUUCACAUCACAACACCCUCCUCAACUUCAGAUGCCACACACUGAACGUCUCUGGGUCACCUGUGGGUCAGCUCAGACAGAACACGGUGGCCAUCGCCUCCAUACAUUUCCCGCUGGCUACCCCUCGGUCUGUGCACAACUCCACCUGUAAGCUGCAGCUGAUCGUCUUCCGCAAUGGAAAACUCUUUCCGUGCACGGGGAAUUCGUCAAAUCUUGCGGACGAUGGCAAGCGCAGAAGCGUUUCGACACCAGUUGCGUUCACCAAAUUAGAUGGGUGUAGCCCCGGGAGCCCCGUGCAGCCGGUUACCGUCGUUCUCCGGCACUUCUCUUUGGGUGUAGACCCCACCGCGGCAUACUGGGAUUUUGAUCUGCUGGAUGGACACGGCGGCUGGCGCGCGGAAGGCUGCCACAUAACGGGCUCGGGGCACAACACGACCACCAUCCACUGCGCGCACCACAACAACCUCGCCGUGCUCAUGGAUCUGAAGAAGGUGCUGUCGUUCCCUCCGUAUCCCGGAGAGUUCCUGCAUCCGGUGGUUUACGCCUGCACCGCCGUCAUGCUGCUCUGUCUGUUCGCCUCCAUCAUCACCUACAUAGUGCACCACAGCACAAUCCGGAUCAGUCGGAAAGGAUGGCACAUGCUUCUCAACUUCUGCUUUCACACGGCUCUGACGUUCGCCGUCUUCGCCGGAGGCAUCAACCGAAUCAAAUACCCCAUCAUCUGCCAGACCGUCGGUAUCGUCUUGCAUUACUCGUCUCUGUCCACGAUGCUCUGGUUGGGCGUCACGGCACGAAACAUCUACAAACAGGUGACCAAAACACCACAGCAGCCACAGGACGGAGACCACGCACCGGCUCACCCCUCCAGAUCACCCAUGCUGAGGUUUUAUUUAGUGAGUGCAGGAGUUCCCUUCAUCAUCUGCGGCAUCACAGCAGCCAUCAACAUCGAGAACUACGGCAGCGGAGAGCAGACGCCAUUCUGUUGGAUGGCGUGGGAGCCAAGUCUGGGCGCCUUCUAUGGUCCUGUGGCCUUCAUUGUGCUAGUGACCUGCAUCUACUUCCUGUGCACCAUCAUCCAGCUGCACAAACACCCCGAGCGGAAAUACGAGCUGAAGGCAGUGAGCGAGGAGCAGCAGCGGCUCUCUGACAUCCACCAGGGGGAGCCGGCGAGCGGUCAGUGUCACGGUGGCUGCCCGGGGCUCAUCAACCCGUCCAUGCUGGCCAACGAACACUCGUUUAAAGCCCAGCUGCGGACGGCGGCGUUCACGCUGUUUUUAUUCGCAGCCACGUGGACGUUCGGCGCACUUGCUGUUUCGCAAGGACACUUUCUGGAUAUGAUCUUCAGCUGCUUAUACGGGGCGUUUUCUGUCACGCUUGGGUUGUUCAUUUUGAUUCAUCAUUGCGCAAAACGCGAUGAUGUGUGGCAUUGCUGGUGUGCAUGCUGUCCCGGGCGACGCCCCUCAAACGCAUACCACGCCCACAUCCAUGGCCACCCCCACAAACUCAACAUAAACGGCGACGCCCACUCCCACUGCCAUCUAGAUGGUGGGAAACCCGUUCACUGCGCAUGUCACGCCGCCGCGCAAAAUCACGUGACCUGCCUGACGCCGGUUUCACCAUGUUGCGCUGCUCUGCAUACACAACAGCUCCUAGAGGACGAAACAAGCGCGCAUGUGCUUCUCCAUGAUGGUUACCGACCUGCAGUGCGAUUGCACCACUGCUCCAAACCCGUCAGGACUAAAACGAGGCACCAACGUGAACUAGCAUUGCGCAUUCCCUCAGGAGCGGACGCCAUAAGCGUGCACAGCUCGCGCGCUAACAGCCCACACGCCCACAUUUGCCACUUGGCUCACGAGGUUUGCCCUCACGAGGCGCUCGCGCUCUGCCACCAUCAUCACAUGUGCUGCGCAAAAGACGAGCUCCCCGACGCGGGCGAGAGCUUUCUGUGCGGGAAACUCGCAGAAGACGAUUUGCAUCACGCACAUAUAGAGCUGCACGCCCGCAGACAGUCGCUAGCCAAUCAGAACGGCAUCCUGAAGGGAAACGCGCUGUAUCCAUCCGACAGCACGGGGAAUAUACGCACGGGACCCUGGAGAAACGAAACUACAGUGUAGUUCGACCCAGCACUAGGAUUUAAGAAAGGAACUUUGUUUUUAGUACCAUCACAAGCUCUUUCCUGCAUCAUUCAUCGUACAGGAUGAUUCUGCGGAUCGUACGAAUACGAGAACGAAAAACCCGGGGCCUCAUUUAUAAAACACAAAUAUAAUAAAUAUACAAAAAAAAUAUGCUUUGUAUAGAAGAUGUACAGCCAUCAUCACUGGGCAAGGAAAUCAAUUGUUUCAUUUGAAAUCCUUUUUUAAGGGCAUUUAAUUUUGUUUUAUUCCGGGUAUUUAGUUUUCUUUUUAGUUUUGUUUUAGGGAAAUCAUGAAUAAUUAAUGAAUUAAUUAAUCGAAUUGACUAUCGUCUGACAUAAAACAGUUAAAAUGUUGCUGAAAACAUAUGCAGUUAUAAUAAAAAAAUAUGGUUGCACUUUUUGAUAGUCCACUUUAGAUAUUCAAUUACGGUAACUUUGCAACUACGCAUUCAACUAAUUAUCGUUAAUGUGCAACUUCUCACAUUCAGUAUGUUGUGGACUUAUCAAAAAUAAAGUGUUAGAGGAUAUUAAGUAGACUACUAGUCUCCUAAUCCUCUUAUGACUGCUAGUUGACAUUUAGUUGUAAGUUUCGGAUCAGAUGUGUGUUUGAUUAAUGAGGCCUUUGGUUUGAGUCUGAGCUGCAUUCACACUGCACUUCAAUCCGGAGUCACUCCCCUUACGGAAAUUUAAUUUGGUUCUGAUGAUAUUUGAUUACCGAAGUGGUUGUCCGUCCCAGUCUCUGCAGUGUUUAUGUGGCCAUUGCAUUCAUCCCUUUUCCAGGUAACAGACAUUGCCAUAGUGAGUGUGUGUUACUGUGAGCAGGAAAAUAUUGUGUGUUUGUGUAUGCAAACAUAGUAUUAUAAAGGAUUUUGCCAUAUAUUUAUUUUCAUAGAUGUAUUUGAGAGUCCCUUAAAUGUCCCAUUCAUUUCUACAGUAAAAAAAAAACUUCUAAAUACAUGAAAAUUCACCAGCAGUUUUAAACCAUCCAGCUCCUCAUGCUUAAUAUAUACUGUGAAUAUCGACUAGCAAAAACUUAGUAAUGCACAAAAAAGGACCGCUUCUGUCUAACUUCUGUAUUGUCAUUGAACUGUGUGAUGUAAACAGACAAAGAAGCUCCGUUUCAAAUCCUCGUGAGCUACUUAUCUAGACAGCAUUCAGAAGACUAGGCUACAUAUCCAUGCUGCCUUACUGUGAGGAUGCAUAGAAGGAUAUCCCAGAAUGCAUUGCUGCAAACAUAAAAAGAAAAUAAUGCAUACAACUUUAGGAUUUAGAUAUUUGAAUUGCAUAUAAAAAAUGUCCAUUGAUUUGGAUUACACCAUUUUAGCAUUACAAAUGUGGUUUGAUGCAUAAUUGUCAAGUCAUGUAUAAAUGAAUCAGAGCAGAUUUCUGUAAUAGUGUUAAUAAACUGAGUGUGAUUUAAAUACACAAUAACCAGCGUUAUCAAUAAAUCCAAUUUGUUUCGA